GUACAAAAGGUUUUGAAUUGAAGUACUUGACGAGACAUCAUGCACCGAUUGUUAUCUUUUUAUCUGCUCGUUUUCGCUUCCUGGAUAAAUAACUCAGAAUCGGGAAGUGGUAAUGAGUGGGGAUAUGUGCCUGGAAUUGGACCCUCCACCUGGGUCAAGGACUACCCUCAAUGUGGUGGAAGCAGCCAGUCUCCAAUCUCCGUGGAUACAUCGCGAGUUGUCCUUGACACAAACCUAACGGCCUUCAAAUUCACCGGCUAUAACCAAAUUAACAAAGUCAAGAUGAGCAUGAAAAACAAUGGACAUACAGUACAGAUAGACCUGAUGGGCAACACAAUGACGAUAUCAGGAGGGGGUGUUAGGGACACCUAUCGGGCAAAACAGUUUCACUUCCACUGGGGCUCGGAAGACAAGCGAGGAUCUGAACACGAUAUCAACGACCGCCAUUUUCCCAUGGAGAUGCACGUUGUGCACUACAAUACAAAGUUCAACACUUUCGAUGACGCAAUGAAUAAAACGAAUGGACUGCACGUGCUGGCGUUUUUAUUCGAGGUUGGGAAAGUUAAUCACCAUUUUGAUGAGAUCAUUCAUCAUUUUUACCAAAUUGCACAUAAAGAUGAUCACGUGAACCUCACGACGUUUCCAUUGGCUGGACUAUUUUCGGAAGACCUCCAGGUUUACUAUCGUUACCAUGGUAGCCUUACCACUCCCCCAUGCUCUGAAAGUGUCAUAUGGACCAUCUUUAAAGACACCAUCAAAAUAUCCGAGGAUCAGCUUAUGAAAUUCCGUCAUAAUGUCCACCGGAACUACGUCACUGAGGAAGAUCGAGAUAUAUCUAACGACUUCCGGCCGACACAACCUCUGAAUCAUCGCUAUGUUUAUGCUAGUCAUCCUAGCGCAGUUUCUCUCUCUUCAACGCUAGACAGUGUUUGGUUUAAUAUAUGUUCACUUAGCGCUAUUUACAUGUUAACAACACUCUAAUUGUAAUGAAUCGUUAUCAUUUUUAUGCGCCCGAAUCGAUAGAGUCGGGGCGUAUAUUGUUUUUGUACUUUCUGUUUGUCUCUUUAUCUGUCUGUCUGUUGUUAACUUUAACCUUCGCCAUAACUUUUGAACCAUGAGAGAUAGAGACUUCAUAUUUGAGAUGCAUACUCCACUUAUUGAAUUCUUGCUAUUGAUCCCAAGGUCAAUGACCUUUUGACCUCGACUGUAACCUAUAUGCUAAAAAUAGUUUUUUUUCUCAAACUUUCGCCAUAACGUUUGCACCAAUUGAGAAAGAGACUUCAAAUUUGGUAUUUAUACUCUAUUUAUUGAAUUUUUGCUAAUGACACGAAGAUCAAUGACCUUGUGACCUUGACUGUGACCUUUAUGCUAAAAAUAGCUUUAUCAAACUUUUGCCAUAACGUUUGAACCAUAUGAAAAAGAGAUUUUAUAUUUGAUAUGCAUGCUCCACUUUUUAAUUCUUGUUAAUGACACCAAAGCCAAUGACCUUGUGACCUUGACUGUAACCUAUAUGCUAAAAAUAGCUUUUUCGAACUUUCUCUAUAACUUUUGAACCAUUUGAGAUAGAGACUUCAUAUUUGGUAUGCAUACUCAACUAAUUUAAUGCUUUCAAAUGCCCUUGUGACCUUGACUGUGACCUAUAUGCUAAAAAUAGCUUUUUCGAACUUUCGCUAUAACGUUUGAACCAUUUGAGAUAGAGACUUCAUAUUUGGUAUGCAUACUCAACUAAUUUGAUGCCUUCAAAUGACCUUGUGACCUUGACUGUGACCCAUAUGGCUUACAAUAGCUUUUUUGAACUUUGUUGCCAGCGGACGCGUAGUGUUGCACAAACACGUAUUGUUUAUUUUAUUACUUGAUAUUCUAUAAAAUAUAGACUUUCGAUUGUAAAUUAAUUUUAACUUGUUGCUAGAUUUUGUUUGUUUUUUUUUCUUUUGUGCUUGAUCAAUUAAAAUAUGCCUUGGUAAAUAUGACUAGUUUAUAUACAAAUUAUAAAAAUUGUUGUGUCUGAUACGUUUACUAACUUAUCAUGUCCUAACAAUGAGGCGUUAUAUAUUUAAUGGAUAUAUGUAGGUAUCGCCAAAUGAGCAAGAGCCACCUUGGGCCUUAUUGGGCCCUGACAAUUUAUGAAAAAUCAAAACCGCUCAGUUAAGGUUGCAAAUGCAGUUUUUAAAGUGUAUAUGACUUGGAGUGCUGGUGACCACGUAUUUAUUAAUCAUGACGUAAUUUUCCCUCUUGUUGAUGCAUUAUGACGUCAUAAUUUGCGUCAAUCAUCCUCAUAUCCUCUAAAUGCCUUUGGAAAUGGCCAAAAAUAUAGAUAUUUAUUCAAUAUUUUAUAUAGAGCACAAAUUCUGAUCCAAAAUACUAGUAUGCAAAUACAUAAUGAAAUAUCUGUUUCUGAAGAUCAAAAAACAUGUUUUAUUUUUCGGAUUGGAGACUGUGCUCAUAUUUUAAUUCUUUGCUGAAGGUAGUCAAAUACGUAAGUUUUCUGCAAAUUUCAAGAACAUUUCAAUUUCUCAGAGCCUGUUUUCAAAUGUCUGGAUGCUCAAAAAGAAAUUAUAUUAUAUGAAAUAAAAGUAUCAAGUGCCUACUCUAUUUUGAUUUAUGUAAUAGGAAAGAGGAUUGUAGUUAAUUA